AAGCAAUUUGUGCUUAUUUUAAAAUUUUCAAAAUAAUCGAAAGUUUUUGAUAUAUUCCCCAAUAAAAGAGUGUGCAAAUAACGGAAUAGUGUUUCUAGUUAAUAGAGUUCCGGUUUCUACUUGUUAUGUUUAAAAGUUAUUGUUAAUUUUCAAUCGAAAAAUCGUAUAGUUUAGAGCGCAGUUAUCCACGUGCAACUUUUGGGAAGCAAAACAACAGAAAAUGACGAUCGAUCAAAAUUUCGAGGUCAACCUGGACCCAACGAAUCUGCAGUUCUCGGUGUUCAGUUCCGACGACAUCAAACGGAUCAGCGUGACGAAAAUCGUAACGCCCCAUUCGUUCGACAUGUUGGGGCACCCGGUUCCGGGUGGAUUGUACGAUGCGGCAAUGGGUCCAUCCGGGGGUGGGGAAGUGUGCACCACUUGUGUCAAGGAUAUCAGCAAGUGCGAGGGUCACUUCGGGCAUAUCGAAAUUUGUUUGCCGGUGUUCAAUCCGUUUUUCGUUAAAUCCGUGUACAAUUUGUUGCGCAUUUGCUGCACCAGUUGCUUUCGGUUGCAGCUGGCGGAUACGAUGAAGGGGCUGCUCGAGCUGCAGCUGCAGCUCGUUGAUGCCGGGUAUAUUGUCGAAGCUGAAGAGAUGGAAGUAUACAAGCAGAAGGCGGCAUUGAAUCCGUCGAAUUCGCCGCCGGAGGCGGUUGGUUACUAUUCUGAGUUGCUGUUGAAAAGCCCCUAUAAUAAGCUGGCAAAUACGAAGAACUCCGAGGCAAUACGGACUGCAAUCGUGAAUGCUACCUUGAAGGAGGCCAUUAAAGUGAAAUGCAUUCACUGUAAAACACCACUGCAGAAGGUUCGUGUUUCGAACAAGCGGCUUGUGUUCAGUAUGAACAAAGGGGAUAUGAAAGCGUUCUAUGAAAAGCAAGGCCAACAAAAUGUUAAUGAUGCCAAAGUGAAAGCCACUAAUCGGGUAAUUUUUGCGGAAGAAUGUCAGAAAUAUUUCCAUCAAUUGUAUGAGAACGAUGGUGCACUGUUGCGGUUGCUGUUUCCCAUCCUGGCCAACGGGGCUCGGACGAUGAAAAAUCCUGUGGAUUUGUUUUUUAUGGAUGUGAUUCCGGUGCAGCCACCGGUCGUUCGUCCGGUGCGACGCGUAGAUCGGACGGAGAUUUUGGAACAUCCGCAGACUUCCAUUCUGCGGAACAUUUUGAUGGCUAAUUCCACCCUGCGAGCGGUGUUGGUGCUAACUAAGGAUAUGGACGGGGUGGAGGAAAAGGCCUCUGCCAGCAACAGCAGCAGCGUUGAAGUUGAGAUGAAGAGAGUUUACGAUGCUGCGAAGGGCGACAGUGCUUACGAGAAAAUGUACAAUGCCUGGAUUGAGCUGCAGGACUUUGUGGAUCAGUCAUUGGACGUCAAUUUGGCUCAGGAUAAGCGUAGAACUCGUGGCUGUGGAUUGAAACAGAUUAUGGAGAAAAAAGAGGGUCUAGUGCGAAUGCACAUGAUGGGAAAGAGGGUAAACUAUGCAGCAAGAACGGUGAUUACGCCCGAUCCGAAUAUCGGUGUGGAUGAGAUAGGAAUUCCGGUUACUUUUGCGAAAAAACUAACGUAUCCAGUGCCGGUGACACCCUGGAACGUUGCUGAACUGCGAAAGAUGGUGCUGAAUGGUCCGGAUGGCUAUCCGGGGGCGAAUACGAUUGAAGAUUCAAACGGGCAGGUUAGUAAAAUAUCCGCUGUUAAUGUGACUCAGCGGGAAUCGAUAGCCAAAACUUUGCUGACGCCGCACAGCUCCAACCAGCAGGGGGCGAAGAUCGUUCAUCGCCACUUACUGAACGGGGAUGUUCUCCUGCUGAACAGACAACCGACGCUGCAUCGACCCAGUAUCAUGGCUCACAAAGCGAAGAUCCUAAGUGGAGAGAAGAUUUUCCGUCUGCAUUAUUCCAACUGCAAAUCUUACAAUGCCGAUUUCGAUGGAGACGAAAUGAACGCUCACUUCCCACAGGAUGAACUAUCACGAAGCGAAGCGUACAACAUUGUGGCCGUCCCGCAUCAGUAUCUCGUUCCGAAAGAUGGAACUCCGCUGGGUGGUCUCAUUCAGGAUCACAUAGUUUCCGCGGUAAAGUUGUUCAUUCGGGGCAAAUUCUUCAACCGAGACGACUAUCAGCAGUUGGUGUUUCAAGCUUUGUCCCAUCAUCGAGGAAAUAUCGACUUGCUUCCACCGACGAUUCUUAAGCCUGCCACGUUGUGGUCUGGAAAGCAAAUCAUUUCCACUAUUAUUAAGAACAUAAUCCCGAAGAAGAUGCCACACAUCAACAUGAUUGGAAGCGCAAAAUUGGGCAAUAAACACUGGCAGACGGAACAGCCGCGGGAGUGGGCAGCCGGUGGAUCGCCUUUCGCCGGGAAUGAAAUGUCCGAAACGGAAGUUUUCAUCCGCAGUGGAGAGCUGCUGGUUGGAAUUCUCGAUAAGAACCAUUUCGGAGCAACGCCCUACGGGUUGAUUCACUGCAUGUACGAACUGUACGGGGGAAAUUGCUCCUCUCUACUGUUGUCUUCCCUAUCGCGGCUGUUCACCUACUAUCUUCAAUGGGAGGGCUUCACCUUGGGUGUCAAAGAUAUUCUCGUUCAUAAACGAGCGGAUAAAAAAAGAUCCAAACUGGUUAAAGCGUGUCGAACGAUUGGUCAUGCCACGGCCGCCUCGGCGUUAGAUCUUCCACCGGAUGUUUCCGCACUGGAGUUAAACAGCAAAAUGACCGAAGCAUACGCUCGUAAUCCAAAGUUUCGAGCGAUUCUCGAUCGAAAGUUUAAAACCGCUUUGGACACUUACACCAAUCAGAUCAACGAAGCGUGCCUGCCAACUGGUUUAAUCAGCCAAUUCCCCGACAACAACCUCCAACUGAUGGUUCAAUCUGGAGCGAAAGGUUCAACGGUUAACACCAUGCAGAUCUCCUGUCUGCUAGGACAAAUCGAACUGGAAGGAAAACGCCCUCCGCUGAUGAUUUCCGGAAAGUCCCUCCCAAGUUUCGCCAGUUUCGAGACCUCACCGAAAUCCGGUGGCUUCAUUGAUGGUCGCUUUAUGACCGGCAUUCAACCGCAGGACUUCUUUUUCCACUGUAUGGCUGGACGGGAAGGUCUAAUCGAUACGGCCGUCAAAACCAGCCGUUCCGGCUAUCUUCAGCGCUGCUUGGUGAAACACCUGGAAGGCCUCAACGUUAACUACGACAUGACCGUUCGAGACAGUGACAACAGCGUGGUUCAGUUCAUGUACGGCGAAGACGGUAUGGACAUCUCCAAGGCACAAUUCAUAGAAAAUCCGAAGCAGCUCCGCUUCUUGGAUCUCAAUCGCGACGCGAUUGUACGACCGGAGGUCGUCAAAAAACUCACCAACAGCGACGAGCUGAACGAACAAAUCAAAGCUCACGUUAAAAAAAUGAAAUCCUGGUGCAAGAAGAAUGGUUCCAAAACACAGAAACGGCGUGCAUCCGCUUUCAGCAAGUUCUCAUCCGACGUUAGCGAAGAAAUCCGUGCGGAAAUGUCCAACCCCGAUCAGCUGAAGCUGAAAACCGGUCGACCUCGACUGGCGGAAAAGCUCAUCAAAAAGUGGACCAAAACCACUGCAGAGCAGAAAAAUCAAUACACGCGUAAGUACGCCCCCUGUCCGGAUCCGACGUUUAGCCUGUUUCGACCGGACAGUUGCUUCGGUGCCCUGACUGAACAUUUGGAAGACCUAGUCAAAACCUACGCGAAAUCGCACCAACCCAUUCACGAUAUGAGCGAGUUGAUGCGAAUCAAGAACAGCCAAGCGCUGGUGGAUCCCGGCGAGCCGGUCGGUGUGCUGGCGGCGCAGUCCAUAGGGGAACCUUCGACCCAGAUGACGUUGAAUACGUUCCAUUUUGCUGGGCGAGGGGAGAUGAAUGUAACGUUGGGUAUUCCUCGGUUGCGGGAGAUUUUGAUGCUGGCUUCGCAGCAUAUUAAAACACCUUCGAUGGAGAUACCGUUUAGGCCGCAUCGUAGCGCUAAAAAACUGGAAGCCGUGGCCGAGAGGAUGCGGAAGAUGUUGAAUCGAGUCACGGUGGCGGAUGUGCUGGAAGAUGUUCAAGUGAAAACUCGCCUGGUUCUUCGACCCACACGAGGCAUGCAGCAUGUGGUGCGAUUUAACUUCCUGCCGGAGGACGCCUACUCACAUGACUACCGAGUAAAUCCGAAGGAAAUCCUACAUUACAUGUCGAAACACUUUUUCAAGCACAUGUUCCAACUGAUCUUCCGAACGGCUAAAUCUAAGAAUGUUUUAAUCGAAAUGGCACAAGAAUCCAACGCCAAGGAAAAUGUGGUUUCGAACGAAGCUGAUGAUUUGGCUGACGCUCGCGAACCGGACAUGUCUCGGCUGGAGGAGGACGAUGGCGAUGCCGUUAGCUCGGAUGAGGAUGCGGGCAAAAACGAAGGUGAUGAUGAUGCUACCGAGGCAAGGCUGAAGAACAAGAAAAGCGAUGAGAUCGGUUACGAUACGGAGGAAGAGGACAAAAGCGACGAUGAGGAUGAGUUGCAAACUUCCGCGGAAGAUAAACCGGAAGGUGUUGAAGGAGCGGAGAAGGCUGCAAAUGAGAAUGAGGACGAGAUGAUCAAUGAAGAAGCUUUGGAAGUGUCUGAUACCAAGCUGGAAGAGGAGAACGAGAAGGUGAUGGUACUGAAACAAAAUGAUAUGAUUAGUGACUACGUGUACGACAAGAAACACCACCGCUGGUGUGUCGUAACGUUCCAUAUGCCGAUGAAGUAUAAGGAUAUUGACUUUACUAAAAUUUUACGGGAAAUCGCUGAAAAGAGUGUGGUUUGGGAGAUCCCACAUAUCAGACGAGCCAUCACGUACGUUCAGAAUGACCAACAGUACCUCAAAACGGACGGAAUAAACAUUUCCGCCAUGACGAAGUAUAAUAAAAUUCUGGAUCUCAAUCGUCUCUACUCGAACGACAUUUACGCCGUUGCACAGCGGUACGGAAUCGAAGCCGCUGCAAGGGUCAUCGUCAAGGAGGUUCAAAAUGUGUUUAAAGUUUACGGUAUCACAAUCAAUCCGAGACACUUGCUACUGGUGGCGGACUAUAUGACGGCCGAUGGGACGUUCAAGUCGAUGAGCCGCAAGGGAAUGGAGAGUAACGUUUCUCCGUUGCAGCAGAUUUCGUUCGAAUCGUCUAUCCAAUUUUUGCGUGCAGCUGCGCUGAAGGGUAACAAUGACCAUUUGGAUUCACCUUCCUCCCGUCUGAUGUUGGGACAGCUUUGUAAAAGUGGAACCGGUUCCUUUGGAGUAUACAGUGAGGUUAAAAUAUAA